AAUAUAUCUCAUAAAAAAUAAAAUAUUCUCUCUGCUUUCCCCGACAUGCUUUAGUAAAAGGGAGGAGGAGAAAAAAUCCGCGAAAACAGUAUAAAUAUAAGAGCGGGAAAUCGCCAGUGUUUGGGUGAAGCAUUGUAUUCUUUCUGUUAAUAUGGGUAACAACGUCAGCCUUUCCAACGAAGGAUCUCCGAUAGAAAAUGAUCUUAGUGUCACAUGGAAGCAGGUGAAACCCUCCGGCACUUUGGAUGCUUGUGAAGGCCAGUCUUUUUGCAGCCUGGGCAACAAAUUGUACGUUUAUGGUGGUGUAAUCCAGAAAGGAGAUGGAGAUAUUACAACCACUAACACCCUACAGUGUUUUGAUACGGAGACACAGACAUGGACUACCUGUGAAGCAAAUGGAGAAGUUCCAAAACCAUCAUCAGGAUCUGCAUUGGCUGCUGUUGGAAACAUUCUUUAUUUGUUUGGUGGACUUAACCAAGAUGUGGGAUGGUUCAAUACUAUACAUGCUUAUAAUACAGUUAAAAAUACCUGGUCUCUUUUGAGCACAAGUGGCACCAUUCCCAGCCCACGAGAUAAAGUGUCCUGUGUAGCUGCUGGCAAGAAUAUUUACUACUUUGGUGGAUUUGGACCCAAAAUGUCAGAAGAUGAUGAAGAUGAAGUGGAGGAGGAUGAAGGUGAUAAAGAUGCAGAUGAAGAGGUGUCUUCUGAAGAAGAGGAGGAAGAUGGUUGGCAGCAGAAAGGAGUUGAAUUCCAAUGGUUUGAUGACUUGUAUAUCUUCAAUACAGAAACGGAUGUCUGGUCUCAGCCGAUGCAUAUGAAUUUGCUUGUGCCAUCAGCCAGAGCUGCUUCAACAAUGUGUGUCUUAGAACGAGAUAUUAUCAUCUUCGGUGGUCGUGAUUCCAAAGGCAGACAAAAUGAUGUUCAUACCUACAACAUAGACACCAGAAAAUGGUCGCCACUUGACAAUCUAAAGGGCCGCAACCCAGCUGCUCGUUCCUACCACGCAGCUGUGAUGAUCGGUGACCGUAUGGCCGUGAUGGGUGGUAGGGGCCAGUCUGAAAGCCAUUUUGCUGAUAUGCACAUUUUAGAUUUGGAAAAGAACCACUGGUUACAGCCAACCGUGUUUGGUGAUAUCCCGUCUGCUCGGGGUCAGCAUUCAGUAGUUGUGUGUGGUGACGUGUUAGUGGUCCAUGGAGGCUCUUCUCAAUUUGAUACCACCUUGAUGCAAUGCCAGAAACACUUCACUGACACAUAUGUUGCAAAAAUAGAUACAAUUCUCGAAGGAGUUGCCAAAGAAUCAACCGAAUUAAAAAGUCCGCAGGUGGAAAGCUGAUUCUAGAGAUUCAAAGCUGUUACAAGAAUUCUAAGGAUGACACUUAACCAUAUUUCCACUGUCGACCGUUUUCUUGAAGCUGUGGUUCAGCCCUAAAUAACUUAAACAGCAUUCACAGUAGUGCACUGUUCGGCAAUUUGUAACUAAUUUGUUUCUGAAAGACUAAAGAUUAAACUUUAGACUAAAGAUUUUUAAAAAAAUCAAAAAAACCCAAAACCAAACAAUUUUUCUGUUGUGAUGUUCUACCAUCACAUUUGUUACUUAACGUAUCAGUUCUGAUAUUGAACUGUUAUCAAACUAGUAUUGAACUGGUGUAAAUAACUGUGUAACACAAUUUAUGUCCUUGUUAUUUCCUAUUUACUUACCCCUAAACGGUAUGAAAAUUGGCUAAUAUUACCUUCAAAUUUUGCUUUUGUUACAUUUAUUCAAACCUCCAAAGAAUCCCUCUCAACACAUGGCUAUGAAGCUCCCCCCACUGCUCAUCAUCAGAGAUGCACAUUUUGUCAUCCACCGAGGGACAUACUCGAGCGGUUAAGGUCAAUCAACUGUGGUAUUGAGCAGAAUAUUUGCUAUAUUUCUGCUUCAGCAACUCAGCACUGAAAUGUUGUGGAAAAUAGGCCAGUUUUAAAACAUUGAUGUUCAGGUCACAAAAGCAAAGGGUGAAGGGAAUGGUAGUCAUUUCCUUUGAUUUCUAGAUAGAAGAAGCAAACAGGAAAUAACUCUUACUGCUCAGACAAAAAAAAAGAUAAAAUUUUUGUUACACUGUGUAAUUGGCAAAACAUCUCCAGCCCCUCCUUACGAAUGAAAUGACUUUAAUCUUUUGAUAUAAAAGGACAAAAUGUAUUUAAAAAAAAAAAAAAACCGUUUUCUUUAACCAAAAUU